GUGUUGCAGGAUGUUGUGCCAAAACAACUACUGCACCACUGGAUCGAGUAAAGAUUUUGCUGCAAGCUCAUAACCACCAUUACAAACAUCUAGGAGUGUUUUCUACAUUGUGUGCUGUCCCCAAAAAGGAAGGUUACCUUGGGCUGUAUAAAGGAAACGGGGCAAUGAUGAUUAGAAUCUUUCCAUAUGGCGCAAUUCAGUUUAUGGCAUUUGACCAAUAUAAAAAGGUAAUAAAGAAGCAACUUGGGAUUUCAGGGCAUGUGCAUCGAUUAAUGGCUGGAUCCAUGGCAGGUAUUACAGCAGUGAUUUGUACUUACCCUCUUGAUAUGGUUAGAGUUCGUCUGGCGUUCCAAGUAAAAGGGGAACACAAGUACAUGGGAAUUAUCCAUGCAUUCAAGAUGAUUUACACAAAGGAAGGUGGUUUUAGUGGGUUCUACAGAGGGCUGAUGCCAACUGUUGUAGGAAUGGCGCCAUAUGCGGGUUUUUCAUUUUUUACCUUUGGUACCUUAAAGAGCAUUGGACUUGCUCAAGCACCUAACUUGCUUGGACGGCCUUCAUUAGAUAAUCCCGAUGUCUUAGUUUUGAAAACACAUGUAAAUCUGCUGUGUGGUGGCAUAGCUGGAGCAAUAGCUCAGACGAUAUCAUAUCCCCUUGAUGUAACUCGUAGGCGCAUGCAGUUAGGCGCGGUUCUCCCAGACUCUGAAAAGUGCCUUACAAUGGUGCAGACAUUGAAAUAUGUGUAUCAACAACAUGGAAUACGAAGAGGAUUAUACCGUGGUUUAUCUCUAAAUUAUAUUCGUUGUAUUCCUUCCCAGGCUGUAGCUUUUACCACAUAUGAACUUAUGAAACAAUUCUUGCACCUCAACUAAUUUUUUUUUUUUAGAAGACUUUCCUGUAAAACUACACUAUCAGUCCUCAAAUUAUAUUGGUGAGUAAAUUACUUGAAGUUUAAAAAAAAGCUAUCUGUUACUGUGGAACUGCUGUUGGCUGACAUUUUUAUUUGCCAAAAUGUGGUUAAUUUCCUGGAAUCAAACCAGGAUACAGAUCACAAUAAACAUUAGUUAGCUAUAAACAUUUUUUUUUGCACUUGAUCUUCUAGGCUUCAUUAGAUUAAUGUUAAGAAUUACACAGUUUUAAAAUUACACCCACAUUUUGCACGGGUUUCAAGCUGUCAGUUAUUUAGCUUUAUCACCAUUCCAGGAGUUACACACUGGUUAUAUCGCUUUUUAAGCUAGUAGUUAGACAUCUGUUCUUCUUUAA